AUGCCAGUACUCUCACCGAUAGCCCACUGGGGCCCCUUCAAGCUUGAUGCGCUGGGCAUUAUAACCACGCUGGGAGCAGAAAGCGUGCGUAAUGCCGUCGGCCGCAUGGUGUUCAGCCCUCUCGCAGAAUACCUACCCAUCAUGGCGCCCCAAGUCAUAGCAGACAACUCCAUCGCUACUCCGAUUCCUGGAUUCCGACUCUACAAUAUCUCUGAUGGGAUCUUCGCGACACAUCUCGCCGCUUGGUUUACAAGAUGGCUACUCGCUCAAGAGCUUAACUGGAGCACGACGGCGUUUACCCUUACCAUUGCCGAUCCCGCGACCGAACGGCCAAUACAUCAGGAACCACUUAGGAAGCAUCUCAGGUUUCUCAGGGUGCCCGACGGACACAUCGCCGCACUCCAAACGUAUCUCAACUAUUUGCCCGAACGACAGACUGCAGCAAGUGUGGCGCUCCAUGUUCUCCUCGCCAUCUUACCGAUCCUCCUGGGAGACUGGUAUGGCGUCGCGGCCUCCCUAGCUCUGACCUCCACCGUGAUCACACGAGUCGCCAUACUAUCUUCCAUGAGAACGGCAAUCCACACACAGACUCGCGCAGCGCAAACCGAUAACAGCAAUCAAGCAACAGCGAGACUCUUUGUGAUCCUGCCCAACGGCCGCGCCGCAACGAUCGUGACAACCCGCGGCAUAGCGGAUAACUGCCUCCUCGCCGAGCCUUGGGCUCAGAAUAAGCAGCAGGAGCAGGAGCAGCAGCACACGGCGCUCCGGACCAUCAACUCGGCGGCCUUCUGCAUCCUCGUCGUAUCCCUCGGAAUGGCGUGCCUAGUGAUGCAGCUCGUCAUUGUAACGGUUAUGCUGCUCGGCACUGCGAUGCUGGUUAGUCGGAUCGGAUGCGACGAGACACGCGUCGCCGGACGGCUUCGGUUCGACCGCGCGCCCGAGCUGGAAAGUGACAAAGACACCAGGACGUGGGCGUACGUGCGGCUGGAUUUGUCGGAGGAUGAGGAACGGACUAUGCUUGCGUGGGGGCUGUUCCCGCCGUUGUCGAAGGUGUCCUGGUGGAAUCGAUAUAGGCAUUUUGAGAACAGGGCGACAAUGACGGAUAUGGGGAUUCGGGACCAUCGGGACCUGGAUGCUGAUGAGUCACUUUACCGUGCGAUUCCGGGGUUGAGUAGGGCUCGAGCAGGGCCGAUAGAAGCGACGGUGUGGCUGGUAAGACCUCAGCGCAGGGAGCUGCUCGGGAACGUGUAUGAGUGA